UUUUAACUUGGUACCUUUACAAUUUCUGGUCACUGCUGCUUUGCCCCAAAAAGAAGAGGAGGAAGAGAAGAGAUGGCCGCCGCCGCCGCCGCACCUAAAAGCGCUUCUGACCGGCGAACUAUGGAUUAUGACCCAACUGUGUGGGGUGACUUCUUCCUGACCCACGUCCCACAAACUGAUGAGGUGGUGAAGGCUUGGGAGGAACAAAUCGAAGUGCUGAAGCCAGAUGUGAAGAGGAGAUUAUCAGCUCCGAUAGACCAUUUAGCAGAAAGGCUGAACCUCAUCGAUGUAGUUGAGCGACUAGGCCUCGACUAUCAUUUCGAGGAAGAAAUCGACCAUGUCAUGCGACAGGUUCGUCAAAACAACAAUAUUGACGAUGAUCUCAACACCGUCGCUCUCCGUUUCAGACUACUGAGGCAACACGGUUACAAUGUCUCAAGUGGAUGUGUUCAACAAAUUCAAGACGGAAGGAGGAGGGUUCAAGGAAGAGCUGGUGAAUGAUAUUGAAGGGAUGCUGAACUUGUAUGAAGCUGGAUAUCUGAGGGUCAAAGGAGAGGGUGUAUUGAACGAAGCUAUUGAGUUCGCAAAGUCACAUCUAAUAACUGCAAAAGCUGCCGAGUUAGAGUCCCCUCUCGCAGGCCGAAUCGCUCGUGCUCUGAAAAGGCCGCUUCGCAAGGUGACAGAUAAGUGCGAGCACCUGUUUUUCAUCUCGUUUUAUGAGAAGCUCGCGUGCCACGACCCAGCCCUCCUCAGACUGGCCAAGUUGAACUUCAACGUGCUGCAGAAUUUGUACCAGUCCGAGCUGCGAACUCUCACCAAGUGGUGGCUGAAGUUGGAUACUCCAACGAACCUGCCGUAUGCAAGAGACAAGCUGGUGGAGAGCUAUUUAUGGGCUUUGGGAGGACUGUGGGAGCCCAAGUAUUCCGUGGCCAGACAGUUGGCCGCCAAAACGACUCAAUUCGGCACGCUCAUGGAUGACACAUUCGAUAACCAGGGUUGCAUCGAGGAACUCGAGCUGUUCACUGCUGCCAUUGCUAGGUUGGCAAUGUAGUAAGGUUGUACUUGGAGGAAGAAAAACGGACCGACAAAGACUACGUGGCGACGGUGGAGGAGUAUCGACAGGUUUCAUCCUUAACCACUUGUUACGAAUGGAUAGCUUACUCCGCCCUCUGUGGAUUGGGCGACGACUUGGUCUCGAAGGACGCCUUCGAGUGGCUGCUCUCCAAACCGGCCAUGCUGAUCGCUGCAACCGACCAGUGUCGUCUCCAGGACGACAUUGCCGACAACAUGGUGCACGACUCGACCGACCCUUCGGACCACGACUUGUCGAUGUCGAUGCUGAAAGAGGACGAGAAAGAAAAGAAGGCUACCCUGCUGGAAUGUUACAUGAAGCAGUACGACGUCUCGCAACGAGAGGCGGCCAAGGCGGUGGACGGUUUCAUUGAAGAGGACUGGAUGAUAAUGAACGAGGAGCUGUUGGACCCACCGCCGAAUGUACCCGUACAACUUCUUAUGGUGCUUCUCCGUUUCGCCAAGAACAUGGAUACGCUCUACAAGGACUAUGAUGGCUACACGCACUCUGGCACCAACACCAAGGAUAUGAUCACGGCUCUUAUUGUUACCCCCAUGGUCAUUUAGGUGAAAUGAACAUCACCUCUCGUUAUAUCGCGUAAAAUAACGAAAAAAGCAACGAGGAUCAUCGAUUUAUGUCGUGGAUUA